GGAUGAUGGAGGUGAAUUUGAAACGUGAAACUGUCCAAGGAGGACUUCGGUUGGAAAGUCUUUGUGGUUUAAUUGGCCUUGGGGUGGUGGAGGUGGAGGAGGAGGUGAGGUAUGACGGUUUGAGAAUAUGUAAGACGGAAUUAAGAAGUAGGAGGAAGGAAUUGAAAGAGGAAGAAGAAGAAGAAGAAGAAACGAAGAAAGAGGCGGUGAUAAAUGAACAAUGAUAAAUAGAUGAAGAAGUGAGAGAAUCGUAUGACAACUACGCAAGUCGCCACGAGGAAGAAGCGAAGAAGCGGGAGUUAUCGAGAGCGAUGUUGGUCAGUGUCGUCGUCGGCGAACGGGACGACGCGGAGGAGUCUUUUAGCUGGACGGGAACGGGGAAACACACCCACGCUGAGACUGCGCCACGGUCCUUUGCGAAAGGGGUGAGAAGGUGCGGGCAAACUUUGGAAGAAUGUGGCCAAAGUUGCAGCUGGGAGCUAAUCAAGAGAAAGAAAGAAAGAAAGAAAGAAAGAAAGGGAAAAUUCCAGAGCCACGCUGGAAGAGCGUGGAAGGCGAGAAAUGAUGAGUAAGAAUAGUCAAGCCAGGGAUGCGGGAAAAUAUGAAAGCAGUGACAAUGGAUGUUGUCGAUGUAACAGGAAAUAAGAGAGAGAGAGAGAGAGAGAGAGAGAGAGAGAAAGAUUAUAGAAAAGAAGAUAGGAGAAUGCUGCAGAGAGAAUUCUAGUUACUAAUAGUAAUAAUAGAAGAAGAAGAAGAAGAAGACGAAGAAGAAGAAGAAGAAGAAUGAUGUUGAAGAUGGGAUGUGAUGAUGGGGUCAGGCCGGCGCCUGCAGAAGCGGUGAAGCAGCAAACGAGGAAGAAGCAGAAGAACAGCAGAAGCGACGAAAAGCGGAGGCUGGAUGGAGACGAAAAGGGUAGUCAAGUCAAGUCAAGACAAGUCAAGACAAGACAAGGCAAGGCAAGUUCUUAUUUCACGGGGGAAGACGAUGUUGACCAAGACCGAGAAUUGAUGACAGGCGCCAGGGUCUAUCUAACUAAGCCUGGUGGUGGACGGGGGAUUUGCCCGGGUUGUUGUGUGUUCAGAUGACGGCUGCAAUAUCGUCACUAGUUAUAGCAAUAAUAAUAGGUUUCCCACCUUUCCCCAAGGUAGAAGGAAAAGAUGCACAGAGCAAAAGAGGGGAAGAAACCGACCACAGACAGACAGACAGCAGACAGACAGACAGACAGACAGAAGAAAUGGCGGUUGCAGCCCGUUGUUGUGCAGAGUGGAAGCGCCGGCUGCGUCUGAUCACGAUAGAUAGAUAGGAUAGAGCCAGAACUAUUAGUUACAGCAAUAGAUCAGGGUUAUGCUUAUUUCCCUUCCUCCCAAUCUACUCUGAAC